UGUACCUGUAGUCGCACCGCCACCCUUACUCUUGUCUCUUUCCUUGUUUACCUUUCGACGUGAAUGUAGUCUUCUUCUUCUCCUUCUUCUCCAACUCUCCCAAGAACAACAACCCCGAGACUUCAGACCUAGCCUUUUGACCUGCCUAAACUUGGUCCCCCAUAUCGGCAUGAUGUCUUCUUUUCCUAAAAUCAUGUUGGCUUGAAGCUUGUGGGUUAGACCCUUCGAGUCUAUCACCAACCUCUCUCUUCGCAGAUCACGCGCUGUCGCUGUCUAGUCAGAUCUUGCAUGAGAAUCCUUCUUUCGUGGUGCAUCGGAUCUGUCUAUCUCUCUUUCUCUCUCUCAAACUCAGCUCUUCAUUGGCAUUGUAUCUAUUCAUAGUGCCUCCUGAGCUCUCUUAUCCAUUCGCUUUUCAGGACUUCGACGCAGACAGCGGCAGGGCACCGGCAUUCUAUCACAAUGACGUCUCCAUUAACUGCUCAAAGCUCCAACAGUUCUCUCCAGAGUGUUUAUGAAUCAGUGCGUCGCAGGGAAUCCUCGAUGGGAAAUGAGUUCAUGCCGUCAGAGUUCCCUGAGAAUUUUGGAGAGGUUGUUAAAGGUGUCUAUCGAUCUGCUUUCCCGCAACCAUGGAGCUUCUCUGCGCUCAAAAAGCUUGGCCUUCGGACUAUAGUCACUUUGGUAGACGAGCCUUAUACACCAGAGCACAUGAGCUUUCUCAAGGAAAUGGGGAUCGUGCACGUUCGUAUCCUUGUCGAACCCAACAAGGAUCCUGCAGUCAAGUCUCCAGACUACGUUAUCUGUCAGGUAUUGGAAGUCUUGCUCGACAAGGCCAAUCACCCUAUCCUUGUCCACUGCAACAAGGGAAAACAUCGUACCGGCUGUGUGGUCGCCUGCUUCCGCAAGAUUCAAGGUUGGCGCAUCGAAGAUGUGCUUGCUGAGUAUCAGACAUAUUCUUUCCCUAAGUCAAGGCCGCUGGAUCAGAACUUCAUCAUGGCAUUUGAUGUCUCCCAGCUCUCUAGCCUGGCACAAGUCUCUGGCCUUCUAACUGCUGGUUCUGUGGGAGGGCUUGAGAGGAUGGUGCUAUCCGGGCUGUUAUCCAUAUCUGCAAGCUCUUCUGCAAAAUCCCUGGUAUCGGAGGAUUCGUGA